UCACGACUUAUGGGUAAAACAAAGAAACUCGAGGGACCGUGUGUUAUAGAAAUUUGCAAAAGAAAUUCUGUAACAUGGCGAACUGUUACAGAUACUGUGAUAUCUCGCAGACAGGCUAACAAAACACUUCCUUAUUAUAUUAAAGAAAAUGACAUUAUAUAUUUAAAUUGUUAUAAUGCAAUCCUUAUUAACAUAACUUCUAAAUUUCAGCAACAUGUACUAGAACGGCAUCCCCAUAUCGAGUCUGAACCAGAAAUAUCUAGCAAUGAAAUUUUGUCUUUUUCACAGGCUAUAAGGAUAAUUACAACUAUUCUCUAUGAAAGGAAACGUAACUUGUUGCCAACCAUUUGGACUUUCAAAGAAUUUCGUUUACUUAUAGAAUCAAAUGAUAAGUG